AUGGCUGCCGACAACGCGCGUCCCUUCCGUGUCGCCGUCGCCGGCUCGGGCAUCGCGGGCCUCGCCGUGGCCAUUGCCCUCAAGCAGCACCCGGGCAUCCGCGUUGACCUGUACGAGCGGGCCACGCAGCUGCGCGAGAUUGGCGCGUCCAUUGCGCUGGGCCCCAACGGCAUGCGCACGCUGGACCGCCUCGGCGUGGCCAAUGCGCUCGUCGACGCGGCCGACGACGCGGCCAACGGCCUGUCCUUCCGCAACGCCUCGGGCUUCCCCAUGGUCUACCGGCACUACAAGACGGGCGAGAUCGUCUCGACGGACGCCAGCCAGGCCGACAAGAACAUCCUGAAGCGGCACUGGACCGCGCGCUACUACCGCGCGCACCUGCAGGAGUCGCUGGCGGCCCACGUCGACCCGCAGCAGAUCCACCUGAGCAAGGCCUUUUCGAGCGUCGCGUGGGACCCGGCCAAGGGCGAGCUGGUCCUGUCCUUUGCCGACGGCAGCACGGCCGCGGCCGACCUGCUCGUGGGCGCCGACGGCCUGCAUUCGCGCGUGCGCACGUUUUUCGUGCCGGCGUCGCGGCCGCAGUGGACGGGCUCGCUGGCCCUCCGCUCCGUCUUCCCGCGCGCGCACGUGGCCCACAUCGAGGGCCUGCCGCACGAGGCCACCCACGUCUGGGGCCACGACCGCAACCUCUUCUUCUCGCCCCUGGGCCGGGACCUGUACACCGUCGUCGGCCAGGUGCAGUACGACCCGGCCGAGGACACCGCGGCGCCGGGUGGCGGCGCGGGGCCCGACCUUAGGGACACCGCCAAGGCGUGGGCGUCCGACGGCAGCUUGGAGACGCUCCGCGGCCUGUACACCAGCUGGGGCAGCCUGGCCAAGAACCUCGUCAAUGCCGUCCCGCACAUCGAGCUGUACCCCAACUCGUCCUCGGACAGCCUGCCCACCUGGGUCCUGAGCGGCACCACGGCCAACGUCCCCGCCGGCCGCGUCACGCUCGUCGGCGAUGCCGCGCACGCCCACGGCGGCGCCUUUGCCACGGGCGGCAGCCUCGCCCUCGACGACGCCUGGGCGUUUGCGGCCGCGCUGCUGCACGUGUUCCCGCCAACCGCCGCCGCCACGGCCCAGCCCAGCACGGCCGAUCUGCUGCACGCCGUCCACAUCUACGAAAAGACGCGCAAGGGCCACACCGACCGUCUGCUCCGCAUCGUCCACGCCUCCAACCAGGCCCGUGUCGAGAGCCUGCGCGCGAGUCUGCGUCCGGGCUACGUCCCGGAGACGGACGAGCAGCUGCGGGCGCGCAUCCGCAACAGGACAGACGCCACCUGGCUGCAUGAGCACGACGUGCAGGCCUCGUUUGCCGCCGCCGUCCGCGAGGUAGAGCAAGGCGGGCCGGUGGAGCAGAGCCGGUUGUGA